AACAGUAGACGAUGUUUAACACUUUUACAGCUGUACUUUGAACCAAAUCAUCCUCCGAAGUAUUAUAUGGGCUUUGAGAGUCAAGCCUUUGUGCUGCUUUUGUGUUUUAUUAACCAGUCUAGAAGUUGAGCUGAUUCACGGUGUUGUUGCGCUUCUUCAUUGUUUCGUGUGUGCUCUUCUCCGUGAAGGAUCAACCUGUGCAAGUUCACUAACGUAAGGCAGAGUUACUUUCAUCAUGCAGCUGGUGAUCCGUCGGUACCGUCCUGCAGACAAGGACACAGUGCUCACCCUCUUCAGUAUUGGCAUCUUGGAGCAUAUUCGUCCAUGUUUCUAUAACGCCAUGACCAGUCCCCUUUACCUCACCAUCACCCCAACUCUGUGUGUUGUUGGUUAUCUCCUUGGCUCUGUGUUUGGGGCUGUACUGUUCCCAGCAGCUUGGGUAGGUCUCAUCUACUACUGCUGUCAUGAAGUAUAUGCCAGCUUCGUCAGGGUGAGACUUCGCACCGACAUGCAGGACAUCCCUGGGAAUUUCCUCAGCAGACCUGAUGACUGUUUCUGGGUGACUGAGGCCAGAGUUGGAGCGAGAGUCCAGGUUGUUGGUAUGGUGGCUGUGGUAGCUAAACACAGUGGGACAGAAAAGUAUGGGGAAAUGUUCAGAAUGAUCAUUUCCCCACAGUAUAGACGGACGGGCCUCGGCUUUAGGUUGACUCAGACCGCGGUUGACUUCUGUAAAGAACGGGGCUUCUCCAAGGUGGUGUUGGAGACUAGCUCCACCCAAAUGGCAGCCGUGGUUCUGUACAGCAAAGUGGGGUUUAACCGUGUCCAGUCUCAUAUCAAAGCACAGGCAGCUCAUUGGAUCAUUUCACUGGCCAGGGUCACGAUUAUAAGGAUGGAAAAAUACUUGUAAAUCAAAAUUAACACUCACUGUUGUUUUCAUGCUUUGCUCCUCUUUAACAGUGGUUUAAUAUUUGGCAAUGGUUAAACUUGACUGUAAUCAAAACCCUCUGGUUCAGGUGUAACUUAGGAAAAAAAAAUGCCAAAUCUGUUAUAUACUUUAGGACUAAACACUAUGAACAGAUCUGAAAGUAAGGAGCAAGAUGUUGUUACUAAAACCUUCUGGUUUCCUCUUUAUAGAGUACUUUACAUAUUCUCUGACUACACCUUAAGCCCUAAAAAAAUUGUCUGUUAACAACAUAAGCCCAAUUAGCAGCUCCAGUCCUGUGAACCAAGAUUCACUAACAGUUAAUCCUUACAUUGUGUACUUUUCAGUGAUGAUUAGAAUAAUUUAAUGUAAUCAGUUGUACUGACCACUUUCAGCUGUAUUCAUUUAAAAAAGAAAGGAAAAAAAAAGUUUCACAAUCUCUGUGUUCAUUUGUCAUCCUCGUUAUGUGAGAAGGAAGGUCUGAUGUAUGAUGUCUAAAUGUUUUUCUACUAAUUGCCAAGAUUUGGAGGAACGUUUUAAAAUGUCAUAACUGAGAUACAGUACACACAACAUAUUGUAAGCACAUGAUACAAAGUAUGUAAAAAUGUUGUAUGUCUUAAUAAUAUUAAUAAUAAAAACAUUAACUUUUAAAAGGUAAAUGUAGAGAAUUUAUAUGCAUCA